CUCUGUUUCGGUUUGAUAUCGAAUCGUCAGUGAUUGUAUGAUGACAAUGUUAUUGUUGUAAUGCAUAUUUUUUAUUUACAUUAUUGUGUAAAAACUACGUUUAGUAGGCGAUAAACUUGAAAUCAUGUCUGCCGAGAAGAAAGUUUGUGAAGGCAAUGAAUGCAUUGCCCAAGCAGAAAAAUAUUUGAAGACUUCUUUCUUGAAAUGGAAGCCUGAUUAUGAUAGUGCAGCCUUAGAGUAUUCUAAAGCAGCUACAUGUUUUAAAGCUGCCAAAGUACUAGGACAAUGUAAAGAUUGUUUAUUGAAAGCUGCAGAUUGCUAUACAAAAAAUAACUCACUUUUCUCUGCUGCUAAAAAUUAUGAACAAGCAGCUAUGAUUUACAAAGAAAUGGAUGAUUACCAUACUGCUGUGCAAAUGAUUGAGAGAGCAUGUCAGUUAUUCCGUGAACAUGGAACUCCUGAUACUGCUGCAUUAGCACUGGAAAAAGGGGCAAAGAUGAUAGAAAGUAAACGCCCAGAAAUGGCUCUUGAAUUGUACAAGAAAGCUAUGGAUGUUGUCAUGAUUGAAGAUAGACCUUCUCAAGCUUCAGAACAUGCUGCUAAAGCAUCCAAAAUUCUCAUUAAACUGAAAAGAUUUGAUGAAGCUGUUAAUAUGGUUAAAAAAGAACAGGAAUUCCAUUUGGCAACAGGAAAUACCAGAGCUGUAGGACGAUUAGUAGUGGCUGAAGUCUUAAUUCAUUUGAUGCGAGAGGAUUAUGUUGCUGCUGAUAAAGCAUUCAAAGAAGGCUAUAAUUAUUGUGAACGUGAUGAGAGCAAUACUUUGAUGGAUCUUUUAGAAGGCUAUGAUCAAGGAGAUGCUGAGCAACUCAACCGAGCACUCAAUAGUCCUUUCAUUAAGCACAUGGAUGUUGAGUAUGCUAGGCUAGCAAGGUCUUUACUAGUACCUGAAACUGAGAAAAAUGAAUCGACACAGAAAGCAAGUACUUCUGCUUCUGCUGCUGCGAAUGAUGAAGAAGAUGAAUUUGCUGAAGGACUGUUAUAAAUUGUUCUUGUAGAAUUUGUGUUUCCUUUUGUACAUAUGUAAAUCGUAAAAGAGGAUAAUUUUGUAGACUGUUAUGUACUCACAGGUGUCUGUUUCUUUUAUAAUCGAUCUCUUUUUCAUAUGAUUUUAGUCAUAUAUGAAAUUUCAUCUGUUGUAUAGAAUCAGUGAGAUUAAAGUUAAAUCUAUGCGA